AUGACAGCUAUUUCAACAAACCCAGUUGUCUCAGUGUUAGACAAAUGCAAAUCUUUAUGUGAAUUGCGUCAAAUUCAUGCCCAAAUGAUCAAAACAAACCUCCUCAAUCACCAAUUCACUGUAAGCAGACUUGUAGCUUUCUGUUCUCUCUCUGGUGUCUCGGGUGGCUUAGACUACGCUGCAUCGGUUUUUUCUCGGAUCCAACACCCCAAUUCCUUCAUCUUCUUCGCUCUGAUUAAGGGUUUUUCUGAUACUUCAAACCCAGUGGAGUCUUUGAUUCUUUAUGCCCGCAUGCUUUCUUGCUUGAAUUACUCCAGUGGUGUUGAGUUCUCUAUUCCUUCUGUUCUAAAAGCCUGUGGAAAGUUGUUGGCUUUCGAUGAAGGCCGGCAAGUUCAUGGUCAAGUGUUGAAAACCCACCUGUGGUUUGAUCCUUUUGUGGGGAAUUCGAUGGUGAGAAUGUAUAUUGAUUUUGGAGAGAUUGAAUUGGCGAGAAGGGUGUUUGAUAGAAUGCCUAAUAGAGAUGUGGUUUCUUGGAAUUCGAUGAUAGCGGGUUAUUUGAAAGCGGGUGAGAUUGAGCUGGCUAGCGAGCUGUUUGAUGAAAUGCCUGAAAGGGACUUGAUUUCCUGUAACGCCAUGAUUGAUGGGUAUGGCAAGUGUGGCAGGUGUGAGCUUGCAGAGAAGGUUUUUGAGACGAUGAGUGAUAAGGAUGUGGUUACUUGGACAUCCAUGAUUUCGGCUUAUGCGCAAAAUAGAUGUCCAAUGAAGGCAUUAGAUUUAUUUAGGGAAAUGUUGAGCUUGGGACUUCGACCAGAUGGCCCUGCUAUUGUUAGUGUUCUUUCUGCUAUUGCUGACUUGGGUUUUGUGGAAGAAGGGAAAUGGCUGCAUGCUUAUGUAUCUAUGAAUAAGAUAGAAUUAAGCUCUGGGUUCAUUGGAUCAGCACUUAUAGACAUGUACUCUAAAUGUGGGUAUAUUGAGAAUGCAUACCAUGUCUUUAGAAGUAUAUCCCAUAGGAGAAACAUUGGGGACUGGAAUUCAAUGAUCUCUGGCCUUGCAAUCCAUGGCCUUGCCCGAGAAGCUCUUGAUAUCUUUGUUGAGAUGGAGAGGAUGGAUAUUGAGCCCAAUGAGAUUACUUUCUUAGGACUUCUGAGCACUUGUAGUCACGGAGGUUUAGUUGAAGAGGGUCAGUUUUACUUUGAAUCCAUGCAUGAAAAGUACAAAAUUGUUCCCAGAAUUCAACACUACGGAUGCAUGAUCGAUCUUUUUGGUAGAGCAGGCCGUCUAGAGGAUGCUCUUGGAGUUAUACAAAAUAUGCCCUUUGAGGCUGAUCUCUUAGCUUGGAAGGCCAUUCUUAGUGCCAGUAUGAAGCAUGGGCACAUUGAAAUUGGGAAAAGCGCUGCUCUGCGAGCAAUAGAGUUGGCCCCAGAUGACUCAAGUUCUUAUGUUCUCCUCUCAAACAUAUAUGCCAAGGCGGGGAGAUGGGAUGAUGUAGCUAAAAUUAGGUUGAUGAUGAGACAAAGGGGAGUGAAAAAGAUUGCUGGUUGCAGUUCCAUGCUUGUUGAUGGGAAAGUCCACGAGUUCCUGGUGGGGAAAGAAUUGGACAGUAGCUAUAGUGGCCAAGUUCUGGCUAAGAUAGCCGAGGUGGUUUCUAGGUUGAAGCUGCAAGGCUACGAACCUGACCUCACUCAAGUCCUUCUGGACAUUGAAGAUGAAGGAAAAGAGAGCUUGCUUAACCUCCACAGUGAGAAGAUGGCCGUUGCGUUCGGACUUAUACACAUAAACAAGAGUGCUCCUAUUCAUAUAGUGAAGAACUUGAGGAUUGUGGAUGCUACUCAGAGGUUUAAAGCUGGUCUGAGAAGUUAUUGUACUCAAAUAAAAUCUAGUCAGGUGGGACUGGUGAACUUCCAUGGCCCAAGCCUGGCCUUGAUGAUAGGAGUCUAA